AUGGGGGUAUGGAAAACCGGGGUACUCAAAAAGUACUUUAAAAAAAUGAUCAUGAUAGCGACUCUUACAAAUCUUUCGUUCCGUUUGGGGCGCACCCUACAGCUGCUUCUGGAAGGAGGCGCUCUGAUCAGAGGUGGACGUUGUAGUCACGUCCCUAGCAGCCAUGGAAGAAGCGUCGUAAACUCCAAUCGCCACCCCGCACAGUUUGCGACCAACGAAGAAGGGGAAAGUCAAGAUGAAGCCGAAGCGAACAUAUUAGACAGCUCGUAUGUCUAUCACAUCCCCGUGCUCGCUGACGAAGUGGUACGUUACCUUAGGGGUGACGACCCCAGAGAGGACAACACGGAGGGGAGUCACUCAGAAGGGCAGCCUAUAGAAGGACAGCGCACAGGAGGAGAGACUACAGAAGAACACCACAUAGAAGAACGCCACAUAGAAGAACACCACACAGAUGGAGUAGAAUCACCGGGCGAGGCACGCCCCCCCUCUUUUUUUAUCUCAUCACGAAGGGAGAGAAAAGAAGAAAAGGGAGAAGGUACCACUCUGCGGAGAAAAAUGAAAAAUGGAAAGAACCCAAAUGGGGGGACGCAACAAAGGGGUGCUUUUUCCAAGCCCCUUUCCUCUACAUAUCUCUCACGGCUUUCCCCAAAGCAGAAUAUCCCAGGUGAGUACUACAUCGAUGCCACACUGGGAGGUGGCGGACACACUCUGGAGAUGUUAAAAAAGUUGGGACCAACAAGCAAGGUCAUCGCCAUAGACAAGGACAUAGAAUCCAUUUAUUACAACAAAGAGAAGCUGAAAUGUUAUAUAGAUGUGAACAAGCUGACGAUGAUACAUGGCGACUACAGACACAUCAUUCACCUGCUGCACCGGUAUGGUCUUCCCCUGUUUGGCAGUUACAGUGGAAUUUUACUCGACUUAGGUGUAUCCACGCACCAGCUCAGAUGUGGGAGGAGGGGGUUCAGUUACAAGCACAACAGCCCCCUUGACAUGACCAUGGAUAGGUACACCGAUGAGGAGUACGCCCGGAUGUGUAGGGAAAGUGCGGAACGGAGCGGGGGCGCUUCGAAGGAGGAUUGCCAAUACGAUGAGGCGAACCAGAUUAAGCGGGUCAACUGGGAGAGCCCCCAAACCGUGCCGAAAAAACGAAUCGGUGAAAUACUCAACACGUACAGCCUCCAACAGUUAAGAUUCAUCAUGCACACCUAUGGUCAGGAAAAAAAGGCUUCUAAAAUUGCCAAAAAAAUUGUACAGUGGAGGAAAAGCAGUGGAACUAUCACCACCACGUAUCAGCUGAGAGACAUCGUUCUUUCCACAUGCAGACAAAAUUACAAAGCAAAUCAAAAGGUCUUGUCCAGAGUAUUUCAGUCAUUUCGAAUUUACAUCAACGAUGAAAUGAAGGCCUUAAGGGAGUUUCUAUUAUCAAGCUAUAAAUUGUUAAGGGGUGGAAAAAGGCUUGUCGUUAUUUCGUAUCAUUCAUUAGAAUACAAGUGUGUGGAAAUGUUUGUCCAUGGAAGGAAAAACUUGUGGGAAAAGGUUAACGACGUCGAUAUAACCCCCAGUGAAGGGGAGUUAAAAGUCAACAAAUCUGCGCGCUCCGCCAAAAUGUUAGUUUUUGAGAAAAUUUAG